AUGAAAUUCUUGAUUGUUCUGGUUGCCUUCAUUGCCUUGGCGGCUGCAUUCCCCCAUGAACAUGGACAUGGCCACCAUCACCAAGGAGGAUAUGGUAGGGGUCAAGGCGGAUUUGGUGGCCCAGGAGGCUAUGGUGGUGGUCCAGGAGGAUUUGGUGGUCAAGGGGGCUAUGGUGGUCAAGGGGGCUAUGGUGGUGGUCAAGGAGGAUUUGGUGGUGGAUUUGGAGGCCAAGGAGGACACGGUCACGGACAUGAAGGAGGAUAUGGAGGUGGCCCGGGUGGAUUCAAUGGAGGACAUCAAGGAGGAUUUGGUCCUGGCAGCGGACCCCAAUAUAACAAUGGUGCUAGAAAUUGGUAAAGAAGUUUCAUUCUCAAAAUAUUUUAUAAAUAGAAGCCAAAAAUUGUUGAGAAAAACGUUAAUUUGUAGACUUGUAUGAAUUAAAUUUAAUAUCUUUA